GAGGCCCAGCAAGCCAAGGAGGCCCAGGAACCGCAGGAGCCCCAGGAACCGCAGGAGGCCCAGGAAUGCCAGGAGGCCCAGGAGGCCAUGGAGGUCCUGGGAGCCCAGGAUUUCCUGGAGGUGCAGGAGGCCCAGGAGGCGCCGGGGGCCCAAGAGUCGCCGGGGGCGCAGCAGGCGCCGGGGGCGUAGGAGGCACUGGGGGCGCAGGAGGCUAUGGGUCCCCAGGAGGCGUCGGAGGCCCAGGAGGCGUCGGAGGCCUAGGCAACGGGGGCCUAGGAGGCGACGGAGGCUCAGGAGGUGACGGUGGCCAAGGAGGCGCCGGAGGCCCAGGAGGCGCCGCAGGCCAAGGAGGCGCCGGAGGCCCAGGAAGCCCCCCUGGAAACCCAGGAGGCCCAGCAAGCCCAGGAGGCCACGGAGAUGCCGGGAGCCCAGGAUUCCCUGGAGGCCCAGGAGGUGUCCGGGGCCCAGGAGUCGCCGGGGGCGCAGGAGGCACGGGGGGCGCAGGAGGCACCGGGGGCGCAGGAGGCUCCGGGGCCCCAGGAGGCUUCGGAGGCCUAGGAGGCACCGGAGGCCCAGGCAACGGGGGCCCAGGAGGCGACGGAGGUUCAGGAGGUGACGGUGGCCAAGGAGGCGCUGGAGCCCCAGGCGGCUACGCAGGCCAAGGAGGCGCCGGAGGCCCAGGAAACCCCCCUGGAAGCCAAGGUCACCCCGGACGCCGAGGACGCCCCGGGAGGGGAAUAAACGUUUAGCCGCGACACCAAA